UUCACACGGAAGUCAUAAACUAACAGGCUAUGGGUCCACGGAUAAUAUACUUACUUUGUGCUAAGAGAAUGCAACCUGGAGAGGAGCGGGGGGAUGGAGGCGUUCCAGCAGUUGGGGGGCCCACCCCCGCUGUACCUGCCGCCCCCGCACCACCACUACGCGGCCCCCCUCUUGCCUCUGCCCCAGCCUGAUCUGAAAGCUUUCAGAAGUAUUGGUUCUCCAAGAAGACCAAGAAGUGAAAAGAAGCCAAUUCCAGAAGAACAGAAAGACGAAAGAUACUACGAGAGGAGAAAACGUAACAAUCAAGCGGCUAAAAAGUCUAGAGAUGCAAGAAGACUAAGAGAAGAUCAGAUUGCUUUACGUGCCAGCAUGUUAGAACAUGAAAAUGCAAUACUUCGAGCACAAGUUAUAACAUUGAGGGAAGAAGCUCAGUCCCUGAGAGAACUGCUUUUGCAUGAGAAAAAAUAUAAAGCAUUGGAUGUCUGCGCUAUUUAAAACAAUAAUUUUCUCUAGUAAACUUUUGUGUUUAAUAUCAGUGGUGUUAGGUGGAACGAAGUCCCUGAUAUUAAAACUAUAAUUAUUCUAGUGAAAAGUUUUAAGAACCACAAGGAACCAGUAUUUAUGUAAAUAUUGUAAAUGUGCUUAGUGCUUAAAAUUCAUUAUCACUAAUAAUUAGUUUUUGUUUGUUAAAUUAUUAAAAAAUAUACAUAUUUAUUUUACUUAUUUAA